AUGAGCCUGCCUCUUUUGGAGUUCGGUGACGAUGGCUACAGCCUUUCCAUUGGCGAGCUCAACAACGUGCCGGACGAGUUCCUUGACCUCAGAAUUCGGCAUGUGUACGUCGAGUUUUUGAAUACCACCAUAACUGGCAUGACUACCGAACAAAUACAGAACGCAAAGAACCAUGCUAUCCUUAAAAUCGACUUUGAAACCGGGUAUACCUCAAACAGGAUAUCGUAUCUCGGCACUCGCCUAUCGAUGGAACCCAACUAG